CUCCCCAGUCUGGGUUAAUCUGCCUCGGGGGCGAGACUCUGUGUUAUGGUUUCUCCGAUAUAGCGUGACGCGAAUAUUUUUUUCUCGAAAAAAUUCAACCCGAGGUAUUCAAAAUGUGAGACACCAUCAUACACAUCAGAAGCAGUUGGAUGUGCGGCAAACGGUGAAGGAAUUCUUCCAACUGAUCAACCCGACAGAUCACCAAUAAGGCAAAAUUAGCUGGAGAAAGCCCGGAAUAACCUGAGAAAUGUCACAAGUGGAAGUAUGGAAAUAACACGAUUAAGUGUCAUCAAGACAGUUCAUAAAAAUGCCCAGAUCAUAAGUAUAAAAUUUCCAUCCAAAUAACAACUUGGCAACAGAAAUCAAGUGAUUGAUGUGUGUCGUCAUGACAGUAUCACCGCGUUGUCACCAUCGCACACAACUUGAAACACCAUCGAUUCUCCCCCAUGUGGACAAUGUUGAACACGAGAAAAUACAAAUGAAACUGGAGAACAGUUAAUCGUCAGUCGUCAAGCAGACGAGGGAAUUUUUAAAAAAUUCCACUCGAAGAUUGAUUAAUAAUUUCUGCCGGCUACGAUCGCCGGGUACUCUCACUAAUCCCCAAUUCUCAUCACUUCUGACGUACAUUGAUUACCCGAUUGAGCUCGGCUGAUGAGAGUGGGUGGUGCAUCUGAAAAGUGAAUGAAUAGGGAAUAUCGGUGCUUCGAGAGCUUUGUUAUUUGUUGUUGACUUGACAUUCUCCCUGGUGAAUUAUUCCCUGAAACAAUCAGUGCGCAUCUACUGGAAUUGAUAUUGAUGCUGGCUGCGGGGCGGUGUCAGGAGUCAUUUACUGACAUUGACAGAGCUUGUUAUUACAUUAAUUACAAUUUUUAUCUGGCUCUUUUGAUUUUCUCAUCGGUGAUGUAUGGCUAGUGGAUUUGUCGUUGUUCAUGAAAAAUUAUGGUGUUUAUAUGUUGUGCUUUCGGGGCGACUAGCGGCCAAAAAAAACGAGUUUGAAAGGGGGAUAUGUGCCGUUUGGACGGAAUUUAUGGAUUACCUGAAAUUUAGUGCUUAUACCGGGGAAAUAUAACACGGAAAUGGCUGUGCGAUGGCAAACGAGGUUGUCCAUUGUCGCCAUAUUCUUCAUGUGCUCUGAAGAUACAUUAAGCAUGGGUGAGGGUGUCAUGGAGAAGGGUGAUCACCACCCAAGUCAGGUUAGACCCCGACAGCAGAUGAUCGAUUAUUCGAUCAGUCAUAAGACGAUACUGGAGCCGACAUUUGACGUCACUCAGCCCACAAACGUCACGGCUCUCAUCGGGAAAACAGCUUAUCUAACUUGCAGAGUACGACAUCUCGGCAAUAAAACGGUGUCGUGGGUAAGACUCAGAGACAUUCAUAUUCUAACAACUGGAGCGUACACCUAUACAAGUGAUCAACGAUUUCAAGCAUUGCACAGACAAAUCAAUGGCCACAAUAAUGAAUGGUCAGAAUGGACAUUAUGCAUAAAGUGGGCGCAAGAACGCGACGAGGGCAUCUACGACUGCCAAAUAUCCACUAUACCUCUCAAAUCACAUCAAUUUUACCUGAAUGUCGUUGUGCCAACAGCAACUAUACUAGGUGGGCCAGAGUUAUACGUCGGCACUGGUAGCACCAUCAACCUGACGUGCGCCAUUCGAUUCAGUUCGGAACCUCCAGCCUUCAUAUUCUGGUACUACGCUGACAAUGUACUGAGUUAUGACAGUCCUAGGGGCGGGGUCUCGGUGAUAACUGAAAAAGGUACAGACGUUACUACGUCAUGGCUGCUCAUCCAGUCAGCUCAGCUAUCGGACUCGGGAGAAUACAGCUGUAAGCCGAGCAACGCUAAUAUCGCAUCCAUACGCGUGCACGUUGUCAACGGUGAACGACCAGAAGCAAUGCAAACCGGAACUGCAGGACCUAUUUUAUCAUCAAGCUGUCUUUUGGUAUCGCUCAUAAUUUUGUACAUAUCCUCAGUGUGAAGUUUGUGGAACAAUUCAAAAUAAUUUGAAAACACUGAAAGUGACAUUAAACAUGAACAAUAUAACAUAAAAGCUAAAUAUGUUUGAAUUUAUGGAUAAAUAGCUUAUGUAAAAAGAAUUAAGUCGUGAUAUUAAAUAGCAAAUCAUCGACACUGAUGAUUAUUACUGGCAAUAGGAAAACAUUGAGAAGAAAAUAAAUGAGAAUGAGCUGAGUGAAUUUUACGCCCUCAAAAAAUUUCAAG